UGGCGAGGCUCACUCUCCUCCCGGGACAGCACUGGGAGGAGAGGCCACGUCCAGUGGAGUGAAUCUGUCAUGGCCACACCUCCAGGCCUCCGUCCCCGGAGCUGGUACACGCUUUCAGCCAGCGGCUCUGAAUCCAGCUGUGAACUGCAUUGAAACUUGCCAUGAGUUUGUCGCGAGGCUGUAACCAGUUAGACCCAAAGAUCCAUAAACCAGGCUAACUAACCAAAGGAAGUAGGACAGAGGAUGCAGGCUCCAUUGCCGAGCCCGGCAGGGAAAACAGAAAGCAAAAACAGGACCACAUGCGAGAGCUCUAGGAUUCGAACCCUCGACCGCACACACCGUUCUGAAAUAUCAUGAAGCAAACGAUCCAAUCCUGGGACACCACAUCUUUUGAUUUAGGACAUCCAAUGCUGAAUCACAGCUUUAUGAGUGAGAUUGAAGACGAUGGUUGAACGCCACUGAAUGUGAAGUCUGGAGCAGGACUCUGAGGCUUUCUGUCCUCCAUGCCACUCAUCAGAAGAGGGACUGUGAACUAUCCUUGAUGUGAAUCAAUCCCAUGAUGCAACAUGCCUCCCCAGCCCCAGCUCUGACGAUGAUGGCCACGCAAAAUGUCCCUCCCCCACCCUACCAGGACAGUCCACAGAUGACGGCAACUGCCCAGACACCCUCUAAGGCCCAGGCUGUCCAUAUCUCCGCACCCACUGCUGCUGCCAGCACUCCUGUGCCCAGUGCCCCCAUUGACCCCCAGGCCCAGCUGGAGGCUGACAAGCGAGCUGUGUACAGGCACCCUCUUUUCCCGCUUCUGACGCUGCUGUUUGAGAAAUGUGAACAGGCCACCCAGGGCUCGGAGUGCAUCACCUCCGCCAGCUUUGACGUGGACAUCGAGAACUUUGUCCACCAGCAGGAGCAGGAGCACAAACCCUUCUUCAGCGAUGACCCAGAACUGGACAAUCUGAUGGUGAAGGCAAUCCAGGUCCUGAGAAUCCACCUGCUGGAGUUGGAGAAAGUCAAUGAACUCUGCAAGGACUUUUGUAACCGUUACAUCACCUGCCUCAAAACCAAGAUGCACAGCGACAACCUGCUCAGGAAUGAUCUCGGGGGGCCCUACUCCCCCAACCAGCCCUCCAUAAAUCUUCACUCACAGGACCUCCUGCAGAAUUCUCCCAAUUCCAUGUCCGGAGUCUCCAAUAACCCCCAGGGGAUUGUGGUCCCAGCCUCAGCGCUCCAGCAGAGCAGCAUCGCCAUGACAACUGUCAACUCACAAGUGGUGUCAGGUGGAGCCUUAUACCAGCCAGUUACCAUGGUAACCUCCCAGGGUCAGGUGGUCACCCAAGCAAUCCCUCAGGGAGCCAUCCAGAUCCAGAACACACAGGUUAACCUUGACCUCACUUCCCUCCUGGACAAUGAGGAUAAGAAGUCCAAGAACAAGCGAGGAGUCUUGCCCAAGCACGCCACCAAUAUCAUGCGUUCUUGGCUCUUCCAGCAUCUCAUGCAUCCCUACCCCACGGAGGAUGAGAAAAGGCAGAUCGCGGCCCAGACAAACCUCACCCUCUUGCAAGUCAAUAACUGGUUCAUCAAUGCCCGGAGGCGCAUCCUGCAGCCCAUGCUUGAUGCCAGCAACCCAGACCCUGCCCCUAAAGCCAAGAAGAUCAAGUCCCAGCACCGGCCCACCCAAAGAUUCUGGCCCAACUCCAUCGCCGCGGGGGUGCUGCAGCAGCAGGGCGGCGCCCCGGGGACAAACCCCGACGGCUCCAUCAGCUUGGACAACCUGCAGUCCCUGUCCUCAGACAAUGCCACCAUGGCCAUGCAGCAGGCCAUGAUGGCCGCACACGACGACUCAUUGGAUGGGACGGAAGAAGAGGAGGAGGAUGAGAUGGAAGAGGAGGAGGAAGAGGAACUGGAGGAGGAGGCUGACGAGCUUCAAACGACGAACGUCAGUGACCUGGGCUUGGAACACAGUGACUCCCUGGAGUAGUUGGCAGCCCAGAUGGCACUGAUCACCCAGCAGGAGAGGAGUGUCAUCGGGGGGUUUCCGGGUGGGGGGGAAGGGGACACGGGCAGGCGGCACCGAGGAAGUUGGGCCCUCGCUUCCCAGAAUCAGUAGCUUGACAAAAUGCAGAGGAGACACCUGCUCCUUCCCGACCACCGAGCUUCUCUGACCCCAGCGCUGCUUCCCCGGAACGCGGAGGACUCUGGGGCGCCGGCCACGCAGCCCUACGGACAGGCAGGAGUGAGACCUGGAUCCAUCGACCCCCGAGGACAGGUGGCACCCGAAGGCCCUGGCGGACAGAGUUGAUGGUUUACAGCCCUGCACUGAGGCAGAGCAGCGCUGUCCGCAGAGGGAGGCUCUGCCGGGGACAGAGCAGGAGAAAAGGCAAACACGCUGGGGCUCCGCCCCAGCCCCUGAGAGACAGCCAAGGGGCAGGAGGAGUGGGAGGGGCUGCGGCAUCACAUCUUGCAGGUCAGAGUGAGACCUGCGUUCCCAGGGCUCCAGCGAGUUCUUCCCAGGCCCAUCUCUGGGUUCAGGCAACAUGGACUUGGGAGAGAGGGAAGGAGCCACCAGUACCUAUCUCUCUCUCUCUCUCUCUCUCUCUCCCUCCCUCCCUGUGAAAAGAGUGGUAAGCUGGGCUCAAAUUGCAGAUUUAGAGGGGUCCCUUCACCUGGGUCUUCAGGACCCAGGGAGGUGGCAGAACCUGAGCUAGGAGGCGCGUCAAGGUGACUUGGGGAGUGACGGCUGUUCUAGGUGUUCACAGAACUCGGCUCCUGUAACGACAGGACAGUGGUGUCUCAUCCCAGAUGUGCC